UUUGCGUGUUUUUCACGAAAAUCUUGUUAGAUUUUAUUAGAUUCUUAUCAGGGACUUAAUUUAGACCAUGAGUUCGUUAAUAUUUUGCCGUUGCUGUUUGUUGCGGCCACCUGAUAAAGAUCUGAAGACCGCAUACAGAAGACUAGACAAAAUUGAAAUAUACGGUGACAUGCUCAAGGAAUGCUUUGAAAUUCACAUCUCAAUUGAAAGCACUGAAUGCGGCAUAUGCGAAGUGUGCAUUACACGGUUACGAGACGCGUGCGACUUCAAAAUGCAAGUGCAGCAAUGUCAGAAGGAGUUACAACGUCAGGCAGUUGUAAAAGAUGAAGAUACGGCACACGUGAAAGAAGAAAUUGAAGAGACAGACGAUAGUGUCGCGGUUACGGGUAAUAGACAAAAGGCAUUGAAUAGAAGUAGGACGAGGAAUCCUUUGGUCAAAAAUGCCACGGGGGUCAUCGGAGUCGUUCUCUAUGUCGAAGUGAAGAAGAAUAUUGGUCUGGAAAACGAGAGUUUCAUAAGAAGUACAAUAGAGUGGAUUGCGAGGAAAUUGAUUGAGCUGGGAGGGGAGUUGAGUAAAUUUAAUGAAGCUCUGAAGAAGGCAGGGUUUAGUGUCCAUAUUUCGAGAAUCGAAUAG